UACUUUCUUGCUGUUAAAGUUUCUGAAGGCCGCCCCUCUUCCCUGAGAUCAAGUAGGAAAACAGUGGUGUUCUUUCCCCAGAGUAGGCGAACCAAGAGAGCGAAAUAGGAGAAGGAGAGAAAAAUAAAAUGGCGUCCAAAUCGAUCGAACACGAUGUGGCAGCGAACCAUGACAUCCUCCGCUUCGGAUUGAACGGGAUUAAAGGCGACAUCGUCGGAUAUCACCCACUCGAAUCGCUUCGUGAAUCCACAAGUAGGUUUUGGGAGGAGAAGAAACGGGCUGGAUUAGCUCUAACCUAUGGAUCGGCUUUUAAUUUGAGGAAGGAUCUUGAUGCUCAAAUCCUUUCGAGAUUCCAGAGGCCUUCUGGAUCGCUGCCAUCGUCCAUGCUUGGAUUUGAGGCUCUUACUGGUGGCUUGGAUGAUUUUGGUUUCGAAGAUUACCUGAAUGUGCCGCAAGAUUCAGAAACCUUCGUCCCUCCAGACAUGCACCAUGCAAUGGAAGUCCGCCUUGGCAUUUCCAAGGGACCUGUUUGCCCAAGUCGCAAAUAAGCCAAUGAUGUGCUGUCUUAAGAGAGGAAUACUGCACUCCUGAUUUGGAAACAGAAUCUAAAAUUUUUUGUUAUAUGGAUGAAUGCUUGGUUGCGCUUAUUUCUAAACAUGGUGAUAAAUUGAUGAAAAUUGAAGACGUUUACGUUAAUUUGGUU